GCUGCCCGCGGCGGCCGCAGGCCCGGCCAGGCCCGGCGGUUCCGCAGCUGCUCCUGCUGCUCUGCCCUCCGGCGUUUCACCUCCGCGGCCGAGGUCGGCAGCUCCAGGAUGCACUCGAAGAGGCUCACCACAGAACCGCCAUGUAUAACAGAAGAAGUGUUCGAAGAAUGCUUAGCCACAGAUGAUAUGCUUGUGGACUACUUUAAUGAAUUUUUGAGUCUUCCGACUUUUGCCCAGCCAGUGAAGUUUAACUCAGAUGUUGGGGUUUUUGAAGUAGUUAAUUAUGCCCCACGAUGCCUGGAAAGCCAGCUGAAAAAAAAUCUACAUGAUCAGAAACCUCCAAAUCCCAUUUAUGAUGUUCUAAGGAAAGCAAAGAAUGAUGGGCAGCUCUCCAAAAUGCACAGUGCUUCUCCAGCCUUCAAUAUGGAUCCAAAUUACAACACUAUGUGUCUUGAUCGAGAACAAGCGAUUCAGUGGAUUAAGAAAGAAAGGCUUCCAGCAUUUCUAGGGAGUGACUGUUACUUUGAAUACAGACUAGCUAAAUUGAUAUCCCAGGUAGAAUGGAGCAAGACUGGCAUGAAUUUCAUUAUAGAUAGUGACUACUAUCCCUGGAUAAGGAAGCAAGACCUAAGUUCCCCCCAUCCUGAGGAACACGACACUUCACUGACUAUGAAGAAGUUCUAUGUAUCACUUGGCCAGGCCACGGUUUCUCAGGUGAAAGAUUGGUUUACAUUAGCAAAAGAAGGUGAUUCCACGAGAACUACAGAUUCAUCUACACACCCUAUAACUUCUAGUCAAAUUCAAAAUAUUCAGCAUGAAAGAGACAAAUCAUUAAGUGAAAAAGAUAGCCUCCUGGAAGCAGAUUCCCUGUCUAAGGAAUGCCAGCAACAGAGUUUCCUUUCCCCUUCGAGGACUGCAUCCACAACAGCUGACGCUGAUAACGAGAGAUCCAGCAAGGCUGAGGAGGGCUCUUCUGUGGCCAUUUCUGAACCUCCUUCCCACACGCAGUUUAGAGUUUAUCUAGACCCAAAAUGGGACAGUGCAGCAAAAGAAGAAAAUGAACAGGAAAGCACAACUUUUCAGACACCAGAAAAAUUGAUGCCAGCUUCUACUCAAAUUGUAAUGAAGGAACCCAUUUCAGAACUGACUCACCAGCCAGCUGCUGACAUUGUUGCCUGUAGUACUGCAGAGUCACUCUUUAAACAAAGUUCUUCUCCACUUACUGCCUUGGACUCCAAGAGAGAUGUAAGAAAACGAGAUCCCGAAGAAGUAAGCUUAUGUUCAAGUUCUGAAAGUGGUGGGCCAGACAGCAGGGCUGCCUGGUGUCUUAGUCAUGGGACUUAUGACACUGGCAACAGACAUGAAUUUGAAAGAUUCAAGAAGUUCAUUAAAGGAACACUUGGAGAAAGGUACUGGUGGCUCUGGAUGGAUAUUGAAAGACUAAAGGCUGUUAAGAACACUACGAGACAGCAAAGGCAUCUCAGUAAGAUGAAAAAACUGUACCUGCUGAGCAGUGGAGACUAUUUCCUCAGUUCAGAAGUAUUACUCAGGCUUGAUCUACUGCAUGGAGAUCAGUGGAAUAUACGGCAUUUAAGACAGAUUCAGCCUGAAGUAGUGAAACCUCUACUUCUUUAUUGGGGCCCCAGAUUUUGUGUCACUCAUUCAACAGCAAUAGAGGCUGCCAGUGCAAAACUGAAGUUCUGGCACACAUGUCAAGAGAGACCGAGGGUGGACAUUGAUCCUUUCCCACAAAUAGUGUCAUUGUUACCGUUGACCCAAAAGUCUUGCAUACCUGGGAUACAACCUUCCCUUCUUCGGAGAUCAUCAGGAUUACCACCUUCCCUGACAUCAAGUCAGAGUACCCAGCAGGAUGACAUUCCUAGCAGUAGAAUGUGGUCAAAGUCAGUGAGCACAGACAUGAUUCAUUGCUUAGCUUUGGAUGGCACCAAAGAUUCAAGGUACCAGGGUUAUAGAAAGUACACCUAUGCUGAGUUGCUCCGUGGGAAAAGUGCUGCUGGCAGUGUUGUCUUAGGGGGAUCAAGAAUGGAAAGCAUGCUGCAGUCUCUUUAUUUGGAGAACAGAGCAGGCUACUACUUCACAGAAUUCUGUGAGAAGUCAGGGAAUAAGUUGUGGAAGAACUGUGUGUACUUUUGGUUCGACCUACAGGCUUAUCAUCAGCUUUUUUACCAAGAAACUCUUCAACCUUUUCAAAUAUGCAAGCAAGCUCAAUUCCUUUAUGCAACUUACAUUGCCCCAUCUGCCAGUAUGGACAUUGGACUUCAUCAGAAUAAGAGAAACAUGAUUUAUCAGAAAAUGGACCCAGCUUUUGAGGACCUUUUUGACCCAGCAGAAGAAUAUAUUCUCACUAUUCUCCUAGAACCAUGGAUGAAGAUGGUGGAAGCAGAUAAAUAUACUUAUGGAAAGGUGGAGUUGGUGGAAGAAACUCAACAGCUGGACUCUGUGUGCUUUAGAAAGCUCCAGGCUUUGCAUCAAGUGAGUGGUUCCAAGAAGGAUGAGAGUACUGUUGCUGACACUGGUCUGCCAUCCUUCCCGGAUGAUCAAUACUUGCGUCAAAUUCCCAAAGGAUUGGCAGGUCCUAAUCUGUCUGACCUGAUCCAUGACAAAGAGAAGUUAAAACAGUUCUGGGCUUUUCUUAAUGAGCAUUCUGCUGGCAUGGAUCUCAUGUGUUGGCUUGAUAUUGAAGAGUUCAGAAAGAUGCUCCACAAGGAUAAAGAAAGAAGUGAAGAAAAGUCUAAGGACAUUGAAAGCAAGUACUUUAAUGAUGAGUACUUCUUUGGACCCAACAGCCCAGCUACCAGAGAGCAACAAGAAAAGCUAAUGCAGUCAGGUGGAGGAAGGAGACAAAUCCUUCAUGAUCAACUUUCGGCAGCAGUUCUGCUAGAAGUUCAGCAGUGCGUCCAGAAGAGAUUAGAAAAACAAUGGCUGCCAUUGUUCCUGGCAGAUGAACACCGUGGGGUGGAGGGACAAGCAAAGAUAAUGGACAUAACCGAAGAUCUUUUACGCAAAGACCAGCAGAAGACAACCAGGAUCUGGAAGCAUAUGGACAAUAAGUGUGUUUCUUCAUCUAGUGAAAUAAUUGCUUUCCGCAAAGCACUGUUGGAUCCGGUGACAGCAAAUCUGUUUCAACGCUUUGUGUCACUGCAAGGAGACCUGCUGGGGAAUGGAGUGCUCUUUUGGCAAGAAGUGCAAAAGUAUAAGGACUUGUGCCAUUCUCAUUGUGCUGAUGCCAUAGUCCAGAAAAAGAUCACAGCUAUUAUCAACUGCUUUAUUAAUUCUGCCAUACCCCCAGCUUUGCAGAUAGACAUCCCACCUGAACAAGCAAAGAAGAUUUUGGAGCGCAGGAAAGAACUAGGACCUUACAUUUUCAGAGAAGCACAGAUGAGUGUUUUUGCUCUUCUGUUUAAAUUUUGGCCAGAAUUUUGUAAGUUGCAAAGCAAUGUGGAUAGUGAAAAAAUUCUACGUGCCUUGGAGAAAGAAAAGGAAAAAAAGAUGCGAAAGAAGGAAAGGAUAACAGCAAAGCAGGGUAAAGAAGCGGGGAGAAAACUCAUCAACUUGACUCAACUGUCAAAGAGGGCCUUCACUCAACUGCAAAAGAGUGCCUUGACUCAGCUGCAAAAGAGUGACUUGACUCAGCUGCAAAAGAGUGACUUGACUCAAAUGCCAAGGAGUGCCUUGACUCAAAUGCCAAAGAGUUCCUUGACUCAACUGCCAAAGGGUGCUUUGGUAGAUACGACUGACAUGAAGAGAGGAUCAGCCCCAUCUUUAGAUGGAUUUGGAUGGGAGGCUUCCUGGUCCUAUUCCAAGUACAUAGAAGCCUUGGAGCAGGAGAGAAUACUCAUUAAAAGGGAAGAAGAUCUGGAGGAAACCUCAUCAUCAUUCCUUUCAGAUUCCUUGUCUGUGUCCUCCCUGAAGCCUGAAAGUUCUAUGAAAGCCACCAUUUCUACAAAGCGUAAACUCUCAAAUGUUCCCAAGACACAGGAAGUGAGCACCAGACUGCCAACAAGUGUACUUUGAAAUGUGGAUUCUUAAAAGCUAGUUUUCCUGCUGUCAGUGCUGAUGCUCAUUAGUAGCAAGUUAUUUCACCCCAAGUCAUGUUUAAGUGAAGCUCUACAGCCUCAAUGUGAAGACAAGAUUAUUUUUCAUUUCAGCCAUGGUUAGCGGACCUGACGUUGACCUGAUGGAAUUUUUUUGCAAAAUGGUAGUAUCUAAAAUGAGGCUAUCUAAGCUUUCCAGUUCAGGUAUUUUAACUAGGAGCAUGAGAUGACUAGAGAAAUCUCAGACCCCAUGGAGUUACUGGCAAGAAUCUGACACAGAACUAGCAAUAGAUCAUCUCUACCAAAGCCAAUUAAAUAUUAGAAUAAGAGAAAGAAGUAGGACAGCAAAGAGAUCUGAUAAAGACAGAAAAACAUAUUUUGCUUCAAAGCUUGAAUUCCUA